ACACAUUUGACACGAAUUUCAACAUGUAAAUUCUGACCGCAGUGCUAUUUGCACAAAGUGUGAAGAAAGACGAUACAUUAACUGCGUAUUUAAACAUGAAUGUGUAUUUAUUAUUUUGUAUGCGACCGUGUUUGUAUAAAGUGUUUUCAUAUCCUUGAACGGUUUUCUUCCGUGAGGAAUCAUGGCAGCUGAGGUCAGAAAACGCAAUACGAACGCAAACGGCGAGGGAAAUAUCGACCAACCCAGCGAACCGGAAGUGACGACGCUCAAGCGAAAUGUUGGUAUCGUCAGUGGAACCUCCUUUAUUGUGGGCAGUAUAAUAGGCUCCGGAAUAUUCAUUUCGCCUAAGGGGGUGUUGAAAGGAACUGGUUCCAUCGGCCUCAGUCUCGUAGUAUGGGCGGCCAGUGGCGUGAUCUCGUUGCUAGGCGCGCUUUCGUAUGCGGAGCUGGGGACGAUGAUCCCGAGGUCCGGGGGCGAGUAUGCCUACUUCUAUGACGCCACUUUCCCCUUCGUCGCCUACAUGUACAGCUGGACUCGCACCAUCGUCCUUCAACCGUCAGGUCUGGCGAUCAUCUGCAUGACGUUGGCCUCCUAUAUGGUCACGUUCUUUGAAUACUGUGGUACGCCCAUUCCACCGGAGAAAACUAUUGCUUGCGUCGCCAUUCUGACAAUUUGCAUCAUCAACUGUUACGACACGUCCUGGGCGGCAUACGUGCAGGUAUUCUUCACCGUCUGCAAGCUGGUUCCCCUCGCCAUCAUCAUCAUAGGGGGAUUCGUUAAAAUGGGACAAGGCGGCCACACUGAGCUGCAAGACGGCUUCAAGGGCACGACCGGAUCCGUUUCCUCCGUGGCUCUGUCCUUCUACGACGCCAUGUGGGCCUAUGACGGAUGGAACACCUUGAACUUUCUGACUGAAGAACUCAAAAACCCGUACAAAAACCUGCCACGAGCCAACGUGUUCGGCGUCGUAUUGGUUACGAUCGUGUACGUCCUGGCCAACAUAUCGUACCUGGUUGUGCUCACACCCGCCGGCCUUCUGGCAUCCGACGCCGUCGCCGUCGACUGGGGCAAGGCGAUGCUGGGUAAGGCCUACGUCAUCAUGCCGAUCGCGGUGAUAUUCUCCACGUUCGGGGCGGCCAACGGACUCUGUUAUUCCUCGGGCAGACUCGUAUAUGCCGCUGCACGUGAUGGUAAUCUACCGGAAGUGCUGUCAUACGUUCACGUGAAGCGCUGUACGCCACUUCCGUCAAUAGUCCUCACUUGUGUAAUAGCCAUUCUGAUGAUCAUCCCGGCCAACAUCGGUCAGCUUGUGGAUUUCUUCAGUUUCUCGGCCUGGCUCUUCUACGGCACAUGCGUUUUCUGUGUGGUCAUCCUCCGUAUACGCAAACCUAACGCCGAGCGCCCUAUCAGGGUGUUCAUACUGAUCCCUAUAGUGUUCACGCUGUGCUCCAUAUACCUUGUGGUGGCCCCUAUAGCGCAGAACCCCAGUCUCGAGUUCCUCUGGGCCGCCGUGUUCAUCGUCGGCGGCCUUGUGUUCUACUUACCUUUUGUCGUCUUCAAGCUGGACAGGGGAUGCUUCGACAAGGUCACCACAUUUUUGCAACUGUUGUGCGAGAUCGCUCCAAGCCCAUACGUUCCUGACAACUGAGGACACACUUAUGACAACUGAGGACACACAGUUAACAACUAAGGACAUACUUAUGGCAACUGGGGACACACUUAUGACAACUCAGCUUGCAAAAAGUUAACCCACUUUCAUACCAAAACACACUUAAACCAACAUAAAACUGUGUUUUUUCUAAGUUUUUCUGAGCGGAAGUUGGUUUUUGCUAAUAAAAGCGAGUUUUAUGUGUGCUAAACUGUGCUUAACUGAGUUUAAAGUUGUUUUUUUAAAGUAGAUGUGUGUGUUAAAGCGAGUUUUUUUGCUGUAAGUAGUUGGUUUUGUAUGUGUCAAAAGUGAGUCUUUUUAUAUAUGAGUUGGUUUAUGUGUGUUUAAGUGUGUCUUUUUGUUUCAUAAGCGAGUCUUUUACAACAGAAGUUGGUCUUUUUAUAAACAGAAGUGGGUUUAAGCGAGUUUAAGUUGGUCUUUUUAUAAAUAAUUUGAGAGCUGCAACAAGGCUAAAAGACUCACUUUAACACACUUUUCAAUAAGUUGUUUUUUUGUUUAUUAACAUAAAUCAACAAUAAAACAAUAAUUCUUCAA